AUGGCUUCUUUACAGGCAAAAGUCGACGCCGUCAAAGCGGCAGUCUCGUCAACGUCAACCUGCACACCAGCAACGGUCGUAACACUCAAAGAGCUGCUACUCCCAGAUCCCGAGUCGUUACCUUCGAGACUAAAGUCCGCUGCCACUCGACCUAUCAAGACGGCAUCUGCAACGAGAACGAAAAGCGGCGCCGGAAGAGACAAUGCCUCCAGCUCACAAACCGACACUUUGAGCUCCCGCGAGAGAGCUGCUUUGGCGACUCAUGUCAUCAACGUUACGCUCAAGACCCUGUCCGAAGUAGCGAAGCCACUGCCCCCUUCUACACCGUCAAAACAAAAUGGCGACCUUCGAGAAGCAGCAGGGAAACAGUCAAUUCGAAGAUCUCUGUCUGCACCGCUUUCUCCCGUGCAGCCCAGGGCACUCAACCGUGUAGUUGCGUCUUUCGACAGUGAAACAACUCCGACGAAAGCACCCUCGCCUGCCCAAUCGACGGGAUGCCUUGCUACAGUGGAGUGUGCGCGUGUUGCAUUCUCUGCACUUCGAUCCCUCAAAGGUCCAACAAAACCUGAAGAGGCGGACUUUCAGCUAGAGACUGGCAUGUCCGCGCUGGUGGGGAAGCUGCUAGGCUUAGGGAUGCAUGAUCAGGCUCUUAAGGAGCUGAGAGUGCUGAAACGGAGGCUGGACAGUAUAAUAAGCGGAAAACAAUCGACGGGGACCAAGGGCGGAUCCGAAACUACGAGUACCACUGCAGUAAUCGCCGAUUUGUUGAACUUUCAGGGCGCCAUCGCGAAGCCUUGCCUUGCGACCAUCACAGGCUAUCAGAUGCAGGUUCUAAAGCUGAUUGCAGCGACUAAAAAACCAUCUCACAUAGAAGCUAUUCUUCCCCACCUUAGCGAUUCACAUGCCUCGUCCCCAUUGAACCUCCUGUCUGCUCUCGCUAAGGAGGGGGCAAAGGAGGCUGCAAAGGUAGCUCGUCAAAUGGCGUCCAUAUCACAGAUUCUUUUGUCCCUUGCGCCGAGUAUUUCUAGUCAGGAAGACGCAGUAGCUACCGAACCGCGACUUAGCCCAUCUCCUAGCGCCGCCUUUGAGUUGCAAUCUUUGGCUUUCCGAAUCCAGCUCAAGUGGUGGAAACUGGCUCAGCAUCAGGGACAUAUUGAUCAUGACUUGCUCUCACCCUUCUCACGCUGUCUAAGAGCUUACACCCGACGACAAAAGCUAGAUAGAGGUCCCGUUUACCAAAUAAUAUCCGAAUCAUUUAACACUAUAAUGCAGCUUAUUCAUUCUCAAAAGUAUCUCCCAGCAACAUCAUUCAAUUCACCUCUAGCAUCCAUACACCAUAUUUUAGGAUCCGCAGCGCAAGCAGAACGACGAUAUGCCGAAGCACAUGGUUGGUUCCAAGAAUUGAAAGGUUCGCUGACCGCAGGGCAAGACUCCUCUGUUCUCAAGUGUUCAAUCUCUGCGCGCCUCCUUGCUGUUGCGCUGAAGAAGGCUGACUUAGACCCAACCGUCGAGCCUCUCCUUUGCGAGGUCAUUGAAGGAUUGGAUGGUAGCCUUAGUGGAACAAUGGCAGAGCUGAACGAACUUCUCGAGGGCCUUUCGCUGGCGAGGCGUUCCGUCGUUGGCCUUCUGAUGACCUGUUUGGGGCCAAAUGCUUCGAAAAGCACUGUUCCGAGCGCCCUCACAACUCAUCUAAAAACUUUCAUUCUCAAGUAUCCGCGAUUUAUACGCCGAUGGAUGGGGCUGCCGCCAGGCAAAGAUGUACAGCCCAAGCAUGUUCUUCAGUUCGAUCAGCGGCGACAGCUGGUUGCACAAUCUAUUGGACAGACUCUUGACUCUACCCUGAUGGUCAUCAAAUGCGACAUCCAGUCUGAAGAGAGUGAAUGGCAUGCGAUUGAUGAUGUGCUUCAACACUGCGCUUCGCUUCUCGAAUCUAUGACUGCUUCUAAUCUAUCUACCACCAAGGUUGAGAAUCUUGGCAGGUACUCCGUCAAGAUCUCAAGUCUUUAUUUCUCCGUCUUUUCUCUCCUUCGAAAGAAAUCCUAUCGGUCCAAAGACGAGAAUAAGCGUCUUCUUCAGGCUUUGAACCGAUCGAUUGAUGUCGUUAAAGACUGUACGGAGGCCGAGCAAGAGAAAGCACAAUUAUCGACAAAACUAGAGAUAUUUGCAGAUAUGUGUAAGAGCUCUGGUAGGACUGAUGAUGCCGUACGCACGCUACGAUCAAUUUGUUCCAAGGUAGCUGAGAACGGCGCAUUAUCUGACGUUGCUGCUGCUCUCUCCACACAGCCUCCAACCCUGGCGUGGGCCAUGAACGACAAAGUAUCACUCUUGUCACGCACUUUGCGUUCCAUGGCUAGGAUCGACAGAGCGUGGAAUGAGUGGACCUUCUCGCUUCCUGAGGUGGAGCGUGCUGCGGUUCUAGAGCAUUUGACGUACGUCAGUCUCAUCGGCUCGUCCUCGUCGUCGCAGCCCCUUGGACUGCACGACGCAGGAGUAGCUGCGUUGCUUCGCAUCUACUCGUUGGAUAAGUACCCGGUUCGCCGCCUCCGUGUAUUGCUGAAUCUUUACUAUCAAAGCGUAGGAGAAGAAGAGCAGCUUCUGAAUAUUGUUUCGCUUGCUGAGGAAACAUGGCGACAUCUGGAGGCCGGGGCCGGGGCGGAAGAUGCCUUGCUAUCUCAUUUCAUCCCGCACUUGCAAGCCUAUUUUACAUCCAUCUUUGCACUGACACACACGGAUGGAACAAUGUCUACAAUGAUAUUCCAGGCAAUCGACUCUUGGAAAGGCAUCAUUAGAACCUGUCAGACGCAAGACCAACUUUUUAUGGUAGUUGACGAUCCUCAAAGACUUCUCGAUCAUUUACGGUCGCUACACCAGCUUGCCGGCCUAAGGGGGGAGACACAUCUCCAGCUCGCAAUUUCCGAACUCAACAUCGCCAUAUCGACGGUAUUUGUUGGAUCUGCGGAAGCAACCGGUGACGGCUUGAUUCUUGGCCACAGCCAGUUGGCAGCGCAAUACGUUAGCAUUGGACUCUUCCCCCAAGCUUUAAAGACAAUAGAGCAUACUCAAGAGCUUAUCACCCGCUACGAUGGCCUAUCGCGCCAAGUCCUUGUUGAGUUUUACCUCUCCCAAGCAGAGUAUUAUACUGGUGUUGGCGAUAUGGACACUGCUCUCGGUUCUCUAUCCAAAGCCGGUGAUAUUUGCAACGCCCCAUAUUCCUCUUGGGCUCAAAGCAAAUCUCAUGCAUCCAUGAUAAUAUCCAUCACCUUACUGCUACAAUCGAUUGCUACUCUUCAAAAUGGAAAUAUCCAAGACGCACUAUCCUUUGUAAAGACGAGUAUUCGCAUGCUGACUCAUGACUGGACCAAAUUAGAAGCUGCGCUAGGGGCCGAUUCCAAGAGCCCAGAUGCCAGCGUAUCAGAUAUCAACGCCAGCAGCACAGACUUGGCUUCGACAAAGGGGAAAGUAACUGGCCCUCGAUUCUGGACCUUAGCCAGUCCACUUCUCCGAAGUCUCUUACAUAUCUCUUCCGUAUACGCUCAUAUUGGCAUGUUCCAGGAAACUAUCUACUAUGCUGACUCUGCCUGGAAGAUUGCGGAGAGUACUCAGUCUUCGCUCUACAAAGCACAGGUGGCUGCAUGGACUGGUUCUGUUUAUCUUAAGGCUGGAAAGCUGCCUAAAGCACUUGCCACCUUUAAAGAUGCAGAACAACAGUUACCGCGUGAUACCUGUUCUGCUCGUGUACGCUUUGCUCGUCAACUCGGAGAGUUUUAUUGGGAAAUCGGAGACGAUGAGAAGGCUGGCGAGUUUUUGAAAAUAGCUGAAGAGACUGCUCACCUCCUCAGCAUGCCCAAGAAUAAAUCCAGUAUCCAUAUUGUUCAGGAACCCAUUGCAGCCCAGGAGCCCAUUGCAAAGCCACAGAGUGCCGAAUCUACCAAAGUCAUGAGAGCAAAGAGAACAACAAGGUCAAAGGUCAAAGUACCAGCCGCUCCUAAACCCGCCAAGCGAGACUCGCCCAGGUCUAAGACACCUGCAGCAGCAGAUUUCGCUCAGCUACCAAAAGAUAUAUACUACGCAUCCCUACACACCGCCAUCAUCAUGUCUCGCACUUUGGGACUCAUUUACCAGAAAGAUUGGGCAUCGGCUCUACAGGCUCUAGAAAAAGUCAAAGAUUUGCCCAAGCUUAUCAGCAUACUCUCUCAAGAGCAAGUGAUGACGGCCAUAUCAUUAAUUGGACGUAGCAUGGAGCAGAUGAUUUCCGAUCCUGUCUUCUCUGUGAUGCAAGACUCGACCAUUUCGUUCCCUGCUGUCUCUGCUUCCAUGGCUCUAUCCGAUAAAUUGUCGCACAUGCAGCUAUCGAUGAAAAACGAACUUGCCGCGGAAGGAGCUCAGAAGAAUAUUGAUUAUCCUGCUUUUGCAGAUGCAUUAGAGCGAGCACAAGCGCUUCUCGUAGAAGCUCACGCUUCUGCUCUCUCCAGUGCCGAUAGUAGCAUGGUUCGUCGUAUCUCUACGCUGCUUCAAACCACAGUGAUUUUCUUGUCAGCAACCCUGGCUUCAAAAUCUCUUCCACAAACAGGACUGGGUACGAUUGCUGUUGAUAUGGCUCGAAACGUGACAUGGCAGCGAGAACAGCAGACUCUAGCUGGGCCCAAUAACGAUACGGCCACCAUCCGUAUCACAACUCCAGCUGCCAAGCCACUAACAACAGAAGCAGUGGCUGAUAUGGCCAACUUUCAAGAGAACUACGUGGAUUUGAUCCCAGAGAAGUGGAGUGUUGUCUCUAUUUCGCUGAGUGACAACCAUCAUGAUCUCUGUAUCACAAAAUUCCAAUCGAACCAAGGACCGUUUGUUUUGCGCCUGCCUUUGGAAAGGGCUAACUCUCGGGAUGCCGACUCCAAAGUUUUCAACUUUAAAAACGGCCGUGAAGAAUUAUUAGAACUUAUCAAGCUGGCAAAUGAAAGCAGUCACUCUGCACGAGACUUUACUGCCAAAGGAGAGCGUGGGGCUUGGUGGGCAGAGCGAGAAGCUUUGGACUCUCGAUUGAAGCGACUCCUGGUUACUAUCGAGACUACGUGGCUAGGAGGAUUCAGGGGCAUUUUUUCGCAGCAAUUCAAGCAGAUGGAUCUGUUGGCACGCUUUCGGAAGGACUUCCACCAAAUGCUUGAUAGAAUCCUGCCAUCUCGAAAUAAAAGCCGAGGGAAGAAGUCGGCGACCAAGACAGAGGCUAUUACUUUGGAUCCUCGGAUCCUCGAUCUCUUCAUUGGCCUGGGCAAUCCAAUUGAUCCUGACUGCGAGUUUGAUGAGGCGCUGAAUGAUUUGCUUUAUUUUGUCGUGGAUAUUCUGCAGUUCCACGGCGAGCGGAACGCUUACGAUGAGAUCGACUUUGACGGAAUGGUCCUAGAGACUUACGAUGCUCUACGCGGGUAUCACAAUGCUGCUAACUCUUCGGAGAGGGAGGAAGGGACACAUACCAUACUUGUGCUUGAUAAACUGCUCCACGCUUUCCCUUGGGAGUCUUUGCCUUGCAUGGACGGCCUGUCUGUAUCUCGAGUCCCUUCGCUCGAAUGCCUUCGGCAACUCAUUCAAGAUGCUAGCACAGGUCCGACAAACGGAUUACAGGGCCACUUUGUCUCAGCAAAAGCUGGUACCUAUAUCCUUAACCCGUCAUCUGACCUGAAGAAUACACAGACAUUCUUCCAGUCAGCUUUUACAACCCUGUCAUCGUGGAAUGGUAUCAUCAAUAAAGCGCCAAAGGAGUCGGAUUUUGAAAAGGCUCUUUCGACAUCCGAGAUUAUGGUGUAUUUUGGUCAUGGCAGCGGUGCGCAGUAUAUUCGGGGAAAGACGAUUCGACGCUUGGAAAAGUGCAGGCCAGCGACUUUCCUCAUGGGUUGUAGCUCCGCUGCCCUCACUGACGCUGGAGAAUUUGAAAGCUAUGGUCCAGUCUGGAAUUACAUGAUGGCGGGUUGUCCCGCCGUGGUGGGUACGCUCUGGGACGUGACGGAUCGUGAUAUCGAUCGUUUUGCAGGCAAGACUUUUGAGGAAUGGGGUCUCUUUGCAAGAGGCACCUUUGAUGGCUCAACGAGCAAGAGCAAAAGCAAGGCUAAGAGCCGUGCUGAAGGGGUGGAUGAAUUGAGCCUCCCUAGAGGAGAUGGUGCUCCAGGUGAUGCAUCCCUUGCUGAAGCAGUGGCGGGGGCGAGAAGUGCAUGUCGUUUCAAAUAUCUUAAUGGCGCGGCGGUGGUUUUAUAUGGAAUUCCGGUUUACAUUAAGAGGGAAUGA